AUGUAUCAUUCCUAUCCUCCUGGGAGCAACUCCUCCACCAAAGCCAUCAUCUACAUCAGCGAUAUUUUUGGUGUCCCACUCCCACAAAACAAGCUACUUGCAGACUCCCUGGCAGCAAACGACUACCUAGUCGUCAUGCCCGACCUCUUCCGCGGUGACGCAAUCUCCGUCGAAGAACAAGAAAAAGGCCUCAAUCUCACGGAAUGGCUAGCGUUGCAUCCCACGUCGGACAUCGACAGCAUUAUCAGCACCACCCUCGACUACAUGCGCGACGAGCUUAACGUGGAGAAGAUCGGUGGCGUGGGAUACUGCUUUGGCGGAAAGUAUGUCCCGCGGUUCUUGACGCAGACGGGUGGUUUGGAUGCGGGUUUCAUUGCGCACCCAAGUAUGCUCACCGAGCCUGAGAUCCAGAAUGUGAGAGGCGCGCUAAGCAUGGCUGCUGGAGCACUCGAUGCGGCUUUCAACUCAACGGCCAGAUUUAGGGCAGAGACAAUCUUGCAAACGAACAACGUCACGUUCCAGUCGAGCUUGUAUGCCGCCGCGCCGCAUGGGUUCGCGGUCAGGGUUAACCAGAGCAUACCGCAACAAGCGUAUGCGAAGCAGGCGAGCUUUGUUCAGGCUGUUACGUGGUUUGAUGCGUGGCUUUGA